GCCGCCGCGUUAUACCCGAGGGCGCGCCCCGCGGGCGGCAGAGGCCGGUCGGCGGGCAGCGGGCGCGGACGGCUCGGCUCGGCUUACCGCAUCGCUGCACAGGCUUGCACGGCUCGGCACUACACGGCACAGCCAGACAACAUGCCAGUGUCAAGAAUGCGCAUGAGGCCCUGGUUGGAAAUGCAGAUUAAUUCCAAUCAAAUACCAGGACUGAUAUGGAUUAACAAGGAUAAGAUGAUGUUUCAAAUCCCAUGGAAGCAUGCAGCUAAGCAUGGCUGGGACAUGGAGAAAGACGCCUGCCUUUUCCGGAGCUGGGCCAUUCAUACAGGAAGGUAUAAAGUAGGUGAGAAAGACCCUGAUCCGAAAACCUGGAAGGCAAACUUCCGCUGUGCUAUGAAUUCACUGCCUGACAUUGAAGAAGUGAAGGAUAAAAGCAUCAACAAAGGCUCCAGUGCUGUCAGGGUUUACAGGAUGCUGCCGCCCUUGACAAAGGAUCAGAAGAAAGAAAGGAAGUCGAAGUCUUCAAAAGAAGCAAGAAACAGGAGCAAGAGAAAGUUGUAUGAAGACAUGAAGACGGAGGAGUCGACAGAAAGACUAACCAACACUCCUCUGCCAGAUGACCACAGUGGCUACACCGUUCAGGACUACGUGGGGCAGGAAGUGGAGGUGGAGAGCACGGCCAUCACCUUAGACCUCUCCUCGUGCGAGGUGAGCGGCUCCCUGACUGACUGGAGGCCACCGAUGGAAAUCAGCAUGGCUGACAGCACCAACGACCUCUACCAGCUCCAGGUGUCCCCCCUGCCUUCGUCCUCAGAAGUCACAGAUGAAGAUGAAGAAGAAAUGAACUCGGACAUUUUUAAGCUGUUUGAACCAGCCCAAGACUGGCGUGCCACCAGUGUUGGGGGGAAAGGCUUCCUCACCAACGAGCCGGGCACGCAGACCAUGUGCAGCACUUACAACUACAAGGAGCAGGACGGGGAGAUCGACACAACCUCAGGAGAGCUGGAGGUCAGGUUCUUCGACCAGAAAAGCUGCCUAGACUUCUCCUGGCUGGACACAGUGAGACCUACCAUGCAGGUCAUUCCUUGUGGCUUGUAAACCCCUGGCUUCUUCCCACCACGAACUGCUCUUGGGUAGAAACUCUGACAAGCCUGAAGAGAUGGAAGAGGUUGUUUGUUACUGACUGAGCAAAGAAAGUAGCUUUUAUAUUCCGUUUAACUUUUAGGCCUGAAAAGGUUAGCAAGAAAAACGCCAUUAUAAAUUAAAAAAAAAAAAAAAAAGAAAAAAAAAAAAAGAAUCCAAUCUCACUAGCAGGACUCUUGGCAGUGAAGAUGCUCAGCCACAGUGUGCACCUUGUCAUCACUUGGGAGCUGAAGCUUUUUUGCUGGGAAGGUUGCCAACGUGCCAUGGGGUCUGACCUGGUAGGGUGCUGCCAAAUGGUACCCCGCUGUGCUGGAGGCCUGGGGAAGAGGUUACCAUCCUCCCCGUGUGAGAUGUGAUGAGCACUUUACUCAUGGAGUGCUUAGGAGAGAUGCUGCUAGGAGAGCCUCUUACCUGUUAGUUUCAGUUGCUGCUUACCUGUGCAACACUGGUGACAGUGAGCUUAAUGACUGUCAUUACACUUAAGAAAAAUUGCACUAAUUGGCACUGUCUUCUUUGAUUUACUCCAUUGCAUAGUUCACCUUUCAGAUCUUUCAACUUUAAACUGUAAAUAAUUAGACCAAUAAAAUGUGAAAAUUCAGUUUAGGCUUUGCUUCCACAUUACCCAGGUCUACUCAUAGGAUGUUAUCUGCUCAUAGACACGCCAUAUCUAUUUCCACAUAAUAGUUGAAGAGCUGCUGCAUGAAACAAUUUUUGCACUGAUGGGGCAGAGCUCUUUAUUUAUACCAUGCCUUUCCGAGAUCCCUUCUCGCACUCUGCUGGGACACCCACAGUACUGUAUGCAGCAAGCGGUAACACCCUGCAGACUCACCCCGGACCUGCACCUGCAGGAGAGUGCAGAAUGGAAGGUUCUAGUUUGUGUGUAACACAUAGGAACCAAAUCACUAAGCUGUAAUAGACUAUUUUCAUGUACAUUUUAUUUUUGUAUAUAAAGUCAUGUAUAUUUGUUUUAAUAAAAAUGUUUUAUAUAUGA